AUGUUAAAAUCGAUUACGAUUAUCUUUGCUUUAUUCAUUAAUUUUAUAAUUGCUCAACAAAAUAUUAUUGAUGAUCGAUAUACAAACAGAAUUCCACCGCCCCCACCACCACCACCACCAAUUCCAUUUUUUACUGGUGGUUUUAAUUUAAAUCCUCAAACGAGUAAUAUCAAUACCAUUAAUACCAUCAAUGCUAUUAAUAACAAUAAAAAUAAUCAUAAUAAUAAUAAUAAUAACAAUGGGUUAGUUGAUGAAUUUGGUCAAUGUGGUGGUCUUGACUGGGAAGGUCCAAAAACUUGUCGAGCAAAUUUGAUUUGUUUUAAACGAUCAAAAUAUUAUUCUCAAUGUUUAACAUCUGAUACAGCUGCAGUUGAAGCUCGACCAUCACCACCUCUUAUUCCACCUGGUACUAAAUGUCAUGGUGGAAAUGUUCGUGGUUCAUUGUCUUGUGCUAUUGGUUCAGCUUGUUUCAUACAAACAGAAAAUGUUCAUGGUGAAUGUAAAACACAUUGUCCACCAGGAUGGUUUUGUGAAAAACAAACAUUACCAGAAUGGGCACCAUGUGGUGGAGAAGGUUACGUUGGUCUAACAAAAUGUAAAGAAGGUCUUCAAUGUAUUCCACAUUCCAAAUGGUAUCAUGAAUGUCGAUCAGAAUGUCCUGCCGGAUGGAAAUGUUAA